AUGGGCGCGCGAGCCGACGAGGCGCGUAGCGAGCUGCUGCGAGUGCGGCGCGACAUCCACACGGUGGAGGAGCAGCUGGCGCGGGCGACGCACGAGCUGGACGAGGCAGCCAAGGCGGGCGAUCGAGAGCGAGUGGACGACCAUCGCCGGAUGCGGAAUUGCCUGUGGAAGGAGAAGGAACAGCUGCGCAUCCAGGAAACCAUCUUCUUGAAGAUCGCCUUCGCGGAUUUCCCAGCGCCCAAUAUGAUGGCAUCCCCAGGUUCGCACGCCUUCUCCUCGCCCGCGCUCCCCUCGCCCCUGCAUCUCCAACAUCAAGCGCAAAUGGCGCCGCAUACCGCGCAGCUCGGCCCGCCUCCAUUUAACAACCCCCCCUGGGCGGGUCGUCGCUGUCGGGGUCGCCGUCGCUGA